AUGGCGCUGCCGCUGUGGGUGGUGGCCAAGAUCUCACUCAAGGUGGGAUGCACCUACGCCAGCAAGUUAGCCUCCAAGUCCCUCCUCGGUCCCCUCGGCAAGGCCGUGCUGUCUUCCCCCAUUAUGGGAAAGGUGUUUGGGCGCUUGACGCGCUACGGGCUCGAGUCGAGCGUGGGGCGGCUGUUGGGCGCCAACUCGCUGUUCCUUAACCGAGGACCCUUCGACUACACCACGUGGACCCACGACGAGACCAUCGCCGCCACCAUCGCCGUCGAGGUGGCCGAGGCGAAGGGGCCGGGCGAGCGCGCCAAGUUCGCGAUGCUCCGGGUCUUGUCUCCCGCCCUCCGCUACCGCCUCACGCUCUUCCGUCAGGCCAUCGAGGAUGGCUCCCUCCACCCGAAGAGUCUGCGCGCGAAGCUGUUGUCGCUGUUCGAGCCGAUGCCCGUGUGCCCGCAUUUCACGCGCGACCACCCCGACGCCGUGGCCCAGGUCAUGUCCGAUUAUCUCGCCCAUCAGGCCCACGGCAAAGGGCUGGUGAACAAGUUGGAGCGGUACAAGUGGCAGAAGCUGCUGCGGGCCAUCGACCGGCUGGAGAACUUCGAAUUCGUGAAGCUCGUCCAGAUCCUCCACAAGUGGCAGACGCCGCACCUCUUCACCCGCGAGCGCCACGAACGGCAGUCCGAUCGCCGCGGCAAGGCCGCUCGACUCCACCUCAACUACCUCCCCUCUUCUUCUCCAUCCACUCCUUCUCCACUCCUCGCCUCCACCUCUUCCUCUCCUUCCCUCUCGAGCCAUCCACCACCCAAUAACCAUGAAAAACAAAAGAAAGACUGA